AUGGCUUCAACUACCUCAAAAGAAAAUAUUCAAACUGCAUUAAAAAUGGUGACGGAUAAGAUGACUUGUUCUGCUGGUAAAAGAGUGAACCAGGCCCUGCCAAAACCUCGAUUAGUUGCUGUCAGUAAAACGAAACCAAUUCAAGAUAUUAUAGCAGCUUAUGAAGCUGGACAGAGAAACUUUGGAGAAAAUUAUGUGAUGGAAUUGGUGGAAAAAUCUCAUGAAAAAGAGAUUCUGGAGAAAUGUGAAGAUAUCAAAUGGCAUUUUAUUGGUCACCUUCAAAGAAACAAAGUCAGUAAAGUAUUAAUGGCUCCUAAUCUAUAUAUGGUAGAAACAGUGGAGUCAGAAAAAUUAGCAGAGGCUAUGGAUAAAAGUUGGAGUAAAAAUAAAUUAGAGAGGAAACUAGAUGUAAUGGUACAGAUUAACACUAGUGGUGAAUCCAACAAACAUGGCUGUGAACCAGAGAAUGUGAUAAAAAUAGUAGAAUUUGUCAGAGAGAAAUGUUCAAAUUUAAACUUUCGGGGUUUAAUGACCAUUGGUUCGUUUGAUCAUGAUUUAACAAAGGGACCUAACCCUGAUUUUCAGAAAUUAUUAGAGUGUAGAGAUUUAGUAUGUAAAGAAACUGGUAUACCUAUAGAAGAAUUAGAGAUCAGUAUGGGAAUGAGUAAUGAUUAUGAACAUGCAAUAGAGUUAGGAAGUACCAAUGUUAGAGUAGGAAGUACUAUUUUUGGUGCCAGACAUUAUCCCAAUAAAACGGUACCAAAUGAAAGUAUACAUGCCAACGGUGAUGUUAAUGAUAUUCAGUCAAAAGUGGAGGGUCUGAAAGUUGAAUAAGGAUGAUGAUGAAUAGACCAAACAUUUUGCUCAGUUGCGAAAUCUGGUCGAUAGUGACAUUAUGAUAUGAUAUAUUAUUUUUGUACUGCAGAGAGGCACUAUAGUUUCUUGAAUGGUGGUUAUGCAUUGCCUAAAUAGUGAUACUCCAUUACUUUUACAAGAUAUAAAGGCAUUUGAUUAUUUAUGGAUUCAGUUUCCUAUUUAACCAUUUUGAAAUGUCAGUUUGAAUAGAACAAUAGGUGUAAAGAUUUGCACUGAAUAACUUUGUUGAAAGAAAAUCUAAUGAUCUGAAAUACAUUGUUAUUUUGUUAAUUGUAAAUAUAUUGAAGAAUUAUAAAUUUAAUAUGUUGAAUAAGGCAUUGAUUAUAACUUUGUGUGUGGCAUUAGUUAUGUUUGCACAGCACUCACUUUAUUGAAAAUCAAUUGAUUUGAACUUAUUAAGGACAUUAAUGUAAAUUCAAUUGGACUUGUAUUGUAAAAAUGUAAGAAUGAUUAUUUCAGAAUGAGCAGUAUAAAAAAAAUUAGGUAUUUAAGGCAGAUAACGAACAUACUUCUAGACAAUAUGCUGGUGAAGCCCAUUGUUUAUUUUUUGUUACAUUGUAAAAAGAAGAUUUUUGUAUUAAAAUCAUUAAUUUUACUUUUU